CCAAAUCCGAAAUUUCAGAUCGCUGUUCGUCACUCUCUCUCUCUCUCUCUCUCUCUCUCUCUAUCUCCUAGGGCACCCAAUUCACACACAUUGGCUCCUUUCCUCUGAGAUUCUUCGUUCGUCACUGAAAUCACACACUACAUUUCUCUGCUUCGCAAUUUCUCAUGCUCGCUAAUGGAUUUCAACACAUAAUUUUUUGAAAUUUUUCCUUCGAUUUCCCUCGGUUUUGAGAGACAGACAAUGGCAAUCAAGAGGGGAUUAUCAGGUGCGGGCAUUCACAGGAACAGAGGCGGUGGAUCUCGCUUCCCAAUUGCCAUUCUCGUCUUCUUUUCGCUGCUUGCGCCCUUGAUUUUCUUUGUCGGACGAGGACUCUAUACUUCGACUUCAAUUGAUCAAAGUGGUUCUUUAGCUGGUUCUAGUAAAGAGGAUGUAGAUUGGAGAGAAAAGCUGGCUUUGCAACAUGUUAAAUCUCUGUUCUCAAAAGAGGUGUUUGAUGUCAUUACAGCCAACACAAAUGAUUUGGGACCUCUGAGUCUUGAUUUUUUCAGAAAAAACAAUUUGUCUGCUUCUUGGAAAGUUGUUGGGCUAGAAACUUCGGCUGAGAAUAAUGCCACUUCUGUUGAGCCGAACCAAAUAGCUGCAAACAUCAAACAAGAAAACCCUACAGGAAAACGUGAUAAUUCUUCUGGUGAUGAUCACUCUCAAUUUGUUGAUACACCUGCAAAACUAGCACGAAGGCAAUUGAGAGAGAAAAGAUGGGAAAAACGUGCAGCUGACUUAGUAAAACAAGAUGAUGAAGUAAAUGUAAAACUUGAAAAUGCAGCCAUUGAACGUUCCAAAUCAGUUGACUCAGCAGUUCUGGGAAAAUACAGUAUAUGGAGGAAAGAAAAUGAGAAUGAGAAUACUGAUUCAACAGUACGCUUGAUGCGAGAUCAAAUUAUUAUGGCAAGGGUAUAUGUCAGCAUUGCAAAUAUGAAGAAGAGCCCUGGUUUGGCCCAAGAACUACAGAGUCGGAUCAAAGACAGUCAGCGUGCUUUAGGGGAAGCAACUGCAGACACUGAUCUACCUCGCAGUGCACCUGAGAAAAUCAAAUCUAUGGGCCAAGUGCUCUCAAAAGCUAGAGAGCAACUGUAUGAUUGCAAACUGGUCACGGGAAAGCUGAGAGCAAUGCUUCAAUCGGCCGAUGAGCAAGUUAGGAGCUUGAAAAAGCAGAGCACAUUCCUGAGCCAGCUAGCGGCAAAGACUAUUCCUAAUGGAAUACACUGCUUAUCCAUGCGCUUAACCAUAGAUUACUAUCUCCUUCCACCAGAGAAAAGAAAGUUCCCUAGAAGUGAGAAUUUGGAAAAUCCAAAACUUUACCAUUAUGCUCUCUUCUCUGACAAUGUUUUGGCUGCAUCAGUUGUAGUCAACUCAACCAUCAUGAAUGCUAAGGAGCCACAGAAACAUGUAUUUCAUCUUGUUACUGAUAAGCUGAACUUUGGAGCUAUGAAUAUGUGGUUUCUAUUGAACCCUCCCAGAAAAGCCACCAUUCAUGUUGAAAAUGUUGAUGAAUUUAAGUGGCUCAACUCAUCCUACUGCCCAGUUCUGAGGCAGUUAGAGUCUGCUGCCAUGAAGGAGUACUAUUUCAAGGCAGAUCAUCCCACUGCUGGCUCUUCUAAUCUCAAGUACAGGAACCCAAAAUAUCUUUCAAUGCUCAACCACCUUAGGUUUUAUCUCCCUCAGGUUUAUCCCAAGUUGGAUAAGAUUCUGUUUCUUGAUGAUGAUAUUGUUGUCCAAAAGGACUUGACAGGAUUGUGGUCAGUGAAUCUCCAUGGAAAAGUGAACGGUGCAGUGGAAACAUGUGGUGAGAGCUUUCACCGUUUCGACAAGUAUCUGAACUUUUCAAAUCCUCAUAUUGCAAGAAACUUUGAUCCCAAUGCAUGUGGUUGGGCAUAUGGGAUGAACAUUUUUGAUCUCGAGGAGUGGAAAAAGAAAGAUAUCACUGGCAUAUAUCAUAAGUGGCAGAAUAUGAAUGAAGAUAGGGUACUUUGGAAACUUGGAACUUUGCCUCCGGGACUGAUGACAUUUUAUCGGCUGACACACCCACUGGACAAGUCGUGGCAUGUGCUUGGUCUCGGCUAUAAUCCAAGUGUUGAUCGGUCAGAAAUUGAGAAUGCAGCUGUUAUACACUACAACGGAAACAUGAAACCAUGGCUAGAAUUGGCAAUGACAAAAUACCGGUCAUACUGGACCAGGUAUAUCAAGUUUGAUCAUCCCUAUGUUCGCAGGUGCAACCUAAGUGAGUGAAGGGGACGGUGGAUUACUAAGGUACAUCCAAAUGCUCUGUCUCUCACCUUUCCAACUGAAUAGUGACUUCAGUUCAAUUUAGUUUAGGACAAGGGAGGGGUUUUACCCGUUCUGUGCUGUUUUUCCCUUAUAUCCUUAAUUGUUUAUUCUUCUGUGUAAUUCAAAUUUGUUCAUUUUUGUCAACCCCCUCCCUCUGAAAUGAACUUGUUGACCUGUAACAGCUCCCUACUGAAUUUGACUCUAGUAAACCUCGUAUUUGAGAAGUCGAAUGCAUAUUUGUGUAUUCUUUGAAUGACGCCCUAUACAUUUUGUACAAGUUCAAUUUGAAACAGGCCUGGAGAUCUUACCAAGUCAGUCAUUGGAUUAGCCUUUUGAUAAUGUUUGGUUGUUCAGAUAUCACUACUAGCUGAUUGUAUGACAUUACUACUUCAGCACAAACUUUUAGCCUGAGUAUAUCCUAGCAAUUGGCAUAUGCCAUUGUUAUC